AUGGGACUCCUCACCCCCUCCGGACCGUUACAACCAGCCGUCAUCAAACUCUGGAACGAUUUACCAGAUCUUUCAGACCCGACCUUUGGAAUACCGGGCAGCGUCGAUAUCCUACUUAGAGCCGACGUGUACCCCCAUCUACUACGGCCAGGGCAGUUAUUCCGUGGAGAUCUCGUCGGACAGCUCACCGUUGCCGGCUGGAUGCUCGCUGGUCAUGUACCGGGCCAAGCGACCUCGUCCUCGCCGGCUGCUUGCAUGUCGACACAGGACACCUCAGCUCCGCCUUGGCACGAGCAGCUAAUCGCACUGAUGCAACGGUUUUGGGAAUUGGAGGACGAACCACAGGUAAUUCGUCAAUCUCCUAAAGACAUCGAGUGCGAGGUCAUCUUUGCCGAUCAUCAUCGGGCUGCGGACGGGCGCUAUGUCGUCCGCCUCCCGCUCAAGCACGACGAAAUUAAGCGACUAAGAGAGAGCUUAACCAGCGCUAAAGCAUCCCUUCGUUCGCUACAGCGCAGAUUGCGGAGUGCCCCGGAGAUGGAUAUCGAAUAUGCACGCUUUAUAGACGAGUAUCUUAGGUGCAGGCACAUGCGGUUACUGACCGACGUGGAGCUGCGUGAGUCGUCGGGCCUAGUGCAUUAUAUCCCGCACCAUGGCAUCUGGCAAGCUGGCGACCACCGCAAGAAACUGCGCAUCGUAUUCAACGCAUCGCGACCGACAUCCACUGGCUAUAGCCUCAACGAUAUCCUGCACGCCGGACCGAAGCUCCAAGCCUGCUUGCCGACUGUCUUGCUCCGCUGGAGAAGGCAUCGGAUUGCUUUCUGCACGGACAUCCAGAUGAUGUUUCGGCAGAUCUGGAUCGACAAGCGUGACGUGGAACUCCAGCGUAUUCUGUGGAGCACUGAUGACUCUAGCCCGCUGAAGCACUAUCAGUUGCUUACUCUAUGCGAGGAUGAAGGCCAUGCUUGGCACGAGGCCGUGCCUAUCGUCAAACAAGAUCGAUACGUCGAUGAUAUUCUCUAUAGCGCUGACAACAUUGAGACAGCUCGUCUUCGCCGCGACCAGCUGAUCGGCUUGUUGCAAGCUGGGGGCUUCCCUCUGAGGAAGUGGGUGGCCAACGAUCCGGAGCUGUUGCGUGAUCUCUCUCCAGAUGCCCGACUAAGGCCGACCUGGCGACAGCUCAGUGCAGACGGUCUUGUCAGGGAACUCGGCGUCAGCUUGGACCCGAUUGACGAUUGCUUCCACCUCACGCCGCCUACCCUACAGCCACGGCCGACCAAGCGCGCGAUGCUUGCCGCUCUAGCACGACUCUUCGAUCCCUGUGGAUGGAUCGCGUUCGUUGUCUUAGCUGCCAAAAUGAUCAUCCAGGAUCUCUGGCGAGCGCGACUCGAAUGGGAUGAGCCCGUGCCUGCGGCCAUGGCCCAACGCUGGAACAGAUUUCUGACUCAACUGCAGAAUGUCCCCAGCAUUGCCAUUCCUCGCUGGAUCAGCUGCAGUCCCGCCACUAGUUUGCAACUCCACGCAUUUGCAGACGCGAGCCGGCGCGCGACGGCUGCUAUCGUGUACUCGCGCGCUGAGAAUCCAGCCGAUGGUGUCUGCGUGAGUACUUUGAUGUUCAGGACCAAGUUGACCCCCAUCAGAAGCUUGCAGCCAGACGCCACUAGUCCAACACGUAUGACGAUCCCUCGAUUGGAGCUACGAGCGGCACUGCUUGCAGCGAGGCUGCUACGCAUGGUUGCCGAGAAAUAUGCUGUGAGCGUUGAUCACUGUCACGCCUGA